CGAGCAAGAGAGUUUGACGAAGGGGAUAGAGGGUAUAUCGGAAGGGGAAAACGGAUGUCAUAUAGGUAGGUAUACAUCACGGUAGGGACAUGGACGCUCUAAAACUUGUUUACCAUAUAGAUAAUCGCAUUGAAUACGGUCAAAAGUAUAUUUCUUAUAAUUGGAGACGUGACAACAAAGUCGAGUGGUGUAGUUAUAGAAGGUAUAAAAAUCGCUUGCAGCCAUGGUCGCGGAUAUUCUUCCCUCUCUUCCGGUGCCAUCGCCAUCAUGUACAGUUGUUUACAUUUCAAAAAGAAAGAAAAUGCGCCAUCGUACACUUCUCUCCAGCCCCUCUCCCUCUCCCUCCCCUCUUCUUUUUCAAAAGAUAGAAAGAAAGAAAAACAAGAGGCGGUUUUGUUUUGUUUCCCCUCUUUCCCCCCGUCCUACCCAGCCUUUGACCUUCAGUGAAAACCCCGUGACGCCUUCAUUGAUCACCUUUUUUUCCCCUCUUCCUUCUUCUUCAUAAAUCCGCCGCUUCGUUGAUUUAAUUUUUCUAUGCAGACGUUCAUGGC